GUUCAUUUUCUUUUUUUUCCCUCCCCGCAUAUUAUUGCGAGAACAACGCUUUAGAGACUGAAGAAUAAAUUCGCAUUUUGAAGCCGAAAUCUGUCUCUGACUCCCCAAAGCCAUGGCUCGUACCAAGCAGACCGCCCGUAAGUCCACUGGAGGCAAAGCUCCACGUAAGCAGCUGGCCACAAAGGCAGCUCGUAAGAGUGCCCCUUCCACUGGUGGGGUCAAGAAGCCUCAUCGUUACAGGCCUGGUACUGUGGCUCUCCGUGAGAUCCGUCGUUAUCAGAAGUCCACUGAGCUGCUGAUCCGUAAGCUGCCCUUCCAGCGUCUGGUGAGAGAGAUCGCCCAGGACUUCAAGACCGACCUGCGUUUCCAGAGCGCGGCCAUCGGAGCCCUGCAGGAGGCCAGCGAGGCUUACCUUGUGGGUCUGUUUGAGGACACCAACCUGUGCGCCAUCCACGCCAAGCGUGUCACCAUCAUGCCCAAAGACAUCCAGCUGGCACGUCGUAUCCGUGGAGAGCGUGCCUAAAGCGUUUCCUGACUUAUGAUAUGCUGUCCUCUCAUUUUCCUUCUUCUAUACCUAGUAGUUUGGUUUGAGGUUCUAUAUAUAAAUAUCUAUAUCAUAUGAUUGUGAUAACCGUAAUUGUGUGAUUAUGUCUUCUGUGGUGCUACUAGUAGCAGAUUUUUCAUAGCAGUAUCAUCAACUGUGUUUCAAACUUCUAAUCUUAGUUCCAGUUAGUAAUAACACAGGAAUACCUUGUUACCUCGACAAAUAAGGUGUUUUGGGGGGGAAAUAAAUAGUGUUUCAUCUGAAAGGGGCAUAGGAAUUAGCAUUAAGGUGGACAUUUUCAUUCAAGAGCGGUUGACUACAGUUAUCUUAUUUUUUUUCCCUGUUUAAAUAGAAAUUAGUUGUACUAGUAUUGAUUCUGUUUUUAAACAAUAUUGGUGUAUUUCUACUGUUGCUGUUCAGUGUAUCAAAAUAGAAAAAAACUGAUUCUGGUCGUCAAUUAGAAACGUCAUUAUGUGGUGAUGACACUGCAUGGUUCGCAGACUACAAGCGGCAUAGAUGUAGCAGACCUGUGUUGAUCAUGUUUUAAUUUGCAGACUAGUUGAUUAUGUCUGGGUAUUGUUUUUGUUCCUCUCUCAGGUUGAUACAAUAACCUAAUUUUUGUGUUCAUGAUUUAUGUAUUCGGUCAUUUUUAUGAGCAAAAUAUUUGUACUCUGGACUUCACAUUCAAGCAUAAUAAAGAGUUUCUUGUGGUUGAUAGA